UUUCUGAAUGCUGUUCACCAAAACGAGCUUCUGAGGUUGCUGCCCUUUUUGAACCUAUGAAUGGUUUCCUUCCACCAGUAAUUCAAGGCAAAGACAAUCACUUUUUGAACCUGAUUCAUACUGUACAAUAUCUAGAUUUAGCGAAAUUAGCAAAAUAUGAUGAGCAUUGCCCUUCAAUUAGUGCUGAACAAUACUCACGUCUU